AUGGCAAGAAUUGAAUCAAGUUUCCUAGUGUUGUCUGAUACACACGAUUACCAAUUCGGCGAUAAUGCAUCCAGCAAGCUGCAGCUUCCCGUCCCAAAAGUCGACGUCCUUCUCCACAGCGGAGAUUUAACACAAGUUGGAGGAGUUCCAGCCUUCAAAAAGACUCUCAAAAUGCUCAGUAACUUCAACGCAGAGCUUAAAUUAGUUAUCGCUGGAAAUCAUGACUUGGAGCUCGACGAAGGAUGGUGUAAGGUACAUCUCGAAGAAGAUGAGGACUAUCUUGAGGACCAUGCCCGUGCCAUGGAGGUCAUUAAGGGGCAAUUAACGAAAGGAGCAGGGGUUACUUAUUUGGAAGAAGGAACCCAUUAUUUUCAACUUGAAAACGGAGCAACAUUUAAAAUAUAUGCUUCCCCCUAUCAACCCAACAAUGCUGUUACGAGGGUAGCCGUCUAG